AUGGUUCAUUAUCAUCUGGAUUUUCAGCCACGAUCUUUCAAAAGAAUCUGUUAUCUUUGGAUCAAAUUCCUCCGGGCUCCGUUCAUGAGCCUAGUGGAGUAUAACCGUGGCAUCAGCCCUUCAACUGAUGGGUCCACCAAGAAAAUGCACGAAAUGAACGGGUUAACCCCUCGGCGGACCUGCUGUAAGCGUACUGGAUAG